AUGGUCAAUGCUGCCGACGGGCCACUGCCCUUUGAGCCGCACGCCGCGCGUCGCCUGCCCAGGCAGCCCGGGGGCUCCUGCUUCUCCAUCGACGUCAACUACCUGGGCCGGGACUCCGUGGAGCCCACCCCGAGGCUGGGCAUGGCGAUGUCCCAGGGCCUCAGCAACCCGGGUCUGAGCCCUCGCGGUGCGCUGGCCUCCCAGGGCAGCGAUGAGGGCUACGUGGCCCAGCCCCAGUCGCAGGGCGUGGCACUGGGCGAGUGGCUGGCGCAGAGGAUUGGCAGCGAUUCCCCAAACUCACCAUACUCCCCCCGCGCCGGUCUGCGGACCAUCAACGUCCAGCGGCGCGCGGGCACGUCGGAAUCCCCCAGGAUGCCCGCCGCGGGCGGCUCCACGCCCAUGGCGGACUCCAUCCGGGUGGUGCAGGACUGGCAGGAGCGGCUCGCACGGGAUGCCUCCGGGUCCUUGGGGCCCGGCCGGCGGGCCAGCGACGUCUCGGACGUGGACGUCUUCGACGAGGCCGGCGGCCUGAAGCGCAUGUCCGUGGUCGACCAGUGGUCCAGCGACGAGGAGGACGCUGCGCACGGCAGGCCCAAUCGGGGGGACACUCGCGGAUCGGGCGGCGGCAGGGGGCGAUCGGGCAGAGGGGCCAGGCGGCUGGAGAAUGAUCCCAGGGCCGCGCCUCCGUCCCCGCUGGCCCGCCAGCAGACGCGAUCCGGUGCGGCCAACAGGCUGAAUUUCGACAGUAAGGUGAUGGAGCGGCGGCACCUGAAAUACGACAGCAAGGCGGUCGGGGAGGAGGGUGGCCGGUCCCGCAGGGCCGCCAGCAGGUCGAACAGCGGCCGGAGCAACGCGGAGGGCCGACCGCGGUCCAGGACGCCGCCCCGGUCGCCGCACUACCGCACGUCAGAGGCGGAGCUGUUCGAUUCGGGCGCUAGCGGGCCGCGAGGCGGGGAGGACGGGCGGCGCGGCGAGGACCUGCCUGCCAGCGCGCCCAACUUCCUGAUGGCCAGCAGGACCAGCAUAUACGAUACGAAGGACACGAUCUUCGGGUCUAUGUAUGAUAUUGUCAUCCCUCCCUCGCCUCUGGAUGUGCAAGAGUCACAGUGCGCCGCGCAGGAGGAGGUAGAGGAACCCAUGAAGAGCAGGUUCAGCUGCAUGCCAGGGAAGUCGAUGAGCAGGAAGCAGGGCAAGCGGAGUCCCCUGAAGUGGUUCGUGUGUGGAGGGGCCAGGAUCCUCAGUGAACCACCGGCAGCCAGGUCGCUUGACAGAUCGCUGACCACAGUUGGAAGUGCUGAGCUGUCCCAAGCUGCGAACAGCCGUAAUAGGGACUUGUACAAACAGCGUCACGCUGUCCUCCGCACGAGGAUGGAAGCCGCCUUGAGCGACCAGAACAAGGGCAAACCCACGGGCAUCGUGAGGGGCAUAAGUGACGACUACACCCUCAGGGCAGGGCACCCGAUGCAGGGCCAGGACCUGGACACUGCCUUCAGUGGCGUCAUCCCAGGCAGCCCUUACGCAGGCAGUGUCAGGGGAACUGGUAGGACUGUGUCGAUCCAGCGGGGCCAGGCAGGCACAAUGGGCCGUGGUUGA